AUGAUUUAUUCACUUUACAUAAUUAGCAAAGCGGGUGGCCUUAUGUAUCAAAAAGAUUUUAAUGAAGGGUUAGCACAUUUAACUGCUAAUGAAUAUUUGGUUUUAGCUGGUACUUUUCACGGAAACUCAACUUCUUCCGGAUUAGAGGUUUUGGAAGCGGAUUCUUUUAAAUUGUAUUGUUUUCAAACGUUAACAGGAACAAAAUUUCUGAUUAUUGCUGAUCCAACACAUCCAAAUAUUGAUCAUGUACUUCGACGUACUUACGAUGUUUAUAGUGAUUACGUUAUGAAAAAUCCUUUUUAUACACCAGAAAUGCCAAUUCGUAGUGAAUUGUUUGAUAUAAACAUAGUCAAAUUGAUUAAGCAAGUUGGGGGUUAA